AAUAUUAAGGACUCGUUAAUUAGAAUUGACAAACGCGCUAGAUCAAUUCCUAUGGAAUAACCAGCCAGUUAAAUUUGCCACAGUUGGUAGAAGCGGGCAUAUCCUGUAAAUGUAUUCAUCUGCACGUAAACAUCAUUUGCUUUUACGUUAAUUAUUAAAAAAAGUUUGUGUCAAAGAUUCUAUAUUGGAGUACGAAACACAGUUAUUAUUGCUAAAACGAAGAGAAAGCAAACGCUUAAAGAAAUUAAUCGACAAGCUGAGAUUAAUUCUGUGACAAACGAUCGUAGCGAGUUGAGAGUAUUGUGCGCGACCCUUGCUCUGGGGCGGAACAGCUGAUAAGUCAGGCACAGUGAAAGCAGACUCUGUUGAAAUAUUUUUUAUUGAGUACUAUUGGAAAAAGCAUUAUUUAUUCAAGAUGAAGAAAAAGGUUUUGUUAAUGGGGAAAAGUGGUUCGGGUAAGACAAGUAUGCGUAGCAUCAUAUUUGCAAACUAUAUUGCCCGUGACACUCAUCGUCUAGGAGCAACAAUUGAUGUGGAGCAUUCCCAUGUUCGUUUUCUUGGCAAUCUGGUGUUAAAUUUAUGGGACUGCGGAGGCCAAGAAGCGUUUAUGGAGAAUUAUUUUGCGUCACAGCGGGACAACAUAUUCAGGAAUGUAGAGGUGUUAAUUUAUGUCUUUGAUGUGGAAUCAAGGGAAUUGGACAAGGACAUGCAUUAUUAUCAAAGCUGUUUGGAGGCGAUAUUGCAAAAUAGUCCAGAAGCAAAGAUAUUUUGUCUUGUUCAUAAAAUGGACCUUGUACAAGAAGACCAACGCGAUUUUAUAUUUAGAGAGAGAGAGGAAGAUUUGAAAAGACUGAGUUUGCCACUAGAAUGUACUUGCUUCAGAACUAGUAUAUGGGAUGAAACAUUAUACAGGGCAUGGUCUUCCAUUGUAUAUAUGUUGAUUCCCAAUGUGAAGGAACUUGAACAAAGCCUGAACCAAUUCGCCAACAUUAUCGAUGCUGAUGAAGUUCUUUUGUUUGAGAGGGCAACUUUUUUGGUAAUAAGCCAUUGUCAACGGCAAUUUCACAGGGAUGUUCACCGUUUUGAGAAGGUUUCUAAUAUAAUAAAGCAAUUCAAACUGAGUUGCAGUAAGUUAGCGGCGCAGUUUCAGAGUAUGGAAGUUAGAAACACCAAUUUCGCGGCCUUUAUCGACAUAUUUACCUCGAACACGUACGUCAUGGUUAUCAUGUCCGACCCGACUAUACCAUCCGCGGCGACGUUGAUUAAUAUACGCAAUGCCCGAAAGCACUUUGAAAAGUUGGAACGUGCCAGUCAAAGUUCAGCAUUGAGCAGAUAGAAGUCGGCGCGACCCAGGCGCCUCGUCACCCGGGUCCAACCUGUUAAUAACUGUUGAAUUUACCACAAACGGAAGCUCUAUACCCCGCGUCGUUGAAAUGAUGAUGACAACGAGGGUGUGAUCUUUCGUUGACGAAACUGGGUCACAAAGUAACUUUUAAUACACGGCUUUCAGCGUGAGCGUUUAUGACAACCUAACUGUAUGACAUCUGGAAAGGAAGACUAUCGAUAUCUGACGUUGUUUAUUAGAACCGUAAUAAUGCAAAAAGCGUUCGUAUUAUAUGUAUAUAUGCAUGUUGCGUGAUCAUAAUGCAUUUGUAAUUUAUCGAUGUGUACAAUGACUGCGUAUACGUGACUGGUAUUGUUCCAUGCUGUAUUCUGACUUGCUCGUGAUGCGACUCCUUGAUGGCGGCAACACUCAACUGAUGUUAGACGUAAAGAAAUUAAUAAAUAAACAAUUUCUCGA